UCAUAUUUAGAAUAAAUAAAAUUAAUUCACAACUUUCAUUUCGUCACUAUAUAAGUAAAAUUAAAACCUAUAUACAUUUACGUACGAACAAGUGCACAUAGUGAUAUGAUUAGAGCAGUAUGACAACCCUCGACCUAAUGCUAAAUGAUAAAAGUUCCAGAUGUUGUUUACUUUAAUGCAGUCGAGCUUCACAGUGGCGCGAGGGUGCACGGCCGGGAGCUAACACGAGUACACGUCAAAUUGUUACCGGAGACAUUUUCGAAAUGGAACUGAACUUUGUAACUACAUUAAUAAAACAUGAUGUGAAUCAUAAUGUGAGACAGUGCUUCAAAUCGAAAAAGCCGUUUGUCACCAGAAAGGAAGAAGUGAUGGCAAUAAAAAAUAAAUUUCCAACUAAAAUACCGAUUAUAGUGGAGAGGUAUCAGAAGGAAAGAAGUUUGCCAACAUUGGAUAAAUCAAAAUUCCUAGUGCCAGAAGACAUCACAAUGUCGCAGUUUCUAGUUAUAAUUAGGAACAGGAUAAAAAUUCAACCUAACCAAGCGCUGUACUUAAUAAUCAACAACAGGUCCAUGCUGAGCAUGAGCCUGACGAUGGCGCAGGCGUACGAGCAGCACGGCGACGAGGACGGCUUCCUCUACAUCACGUACGCCUCGCAGGAGGUCUUCGGCUACCAGGACGAUAUGACAGGAAAACAAGAAGUGGAAGCGAUAAGGCAUAGAUUCCCAAACAAAGUACCGUUGUACGUGGAACGUUACAUACGGGAAAGAGAAGUCCCGGCGCUGGGCAGGAAGAAGUUCCUGGUGCCGCAAGAGCUCACGAUGUCCCAGUUCCUCUUUAUAAUUAGGACGAAGAUGAAACUACGGGAUUCACAAGCCCUGUACCUGCUGGUGAACGAGCGCGUGCUGGCCAGCCACAGCAUGACGAUGGCGCAGGCCUACGAGCAGUUCCGCGGCGACGACGGCUUCCUGCACAUCACCUACGCCGCGCAGCAGGUCUUCGGCUGAACUAAGUACUUCAAUUGCUGGAUUAGUGAAACUGAUGUUCCCGCAAUAGCGUCUUCAAGAACAAAAGACUGAUAGUAUUUUAAUUUUAUUCCUAUUGUGAUAUUUUAUAUGAGUAAGAUUUGAAAAGUGUAUAAUUUAAACGGCGAUGUCCGAUGAGAGCUCAGGCUGGCCCUUGCGAUACCUCGGUCGGAAAGGCUUCGGGAGAUAAUUGUGACAUUUGCGACUAUUCUUCGAAAUGAUAGAACUAUCUGUUUACUUUUAAGAAAUAAAAGCUAUAGGUUUGAUCGUUUUGUUUGACUCUAAUGUUGUGUUUUUUAUGUUUAUUUUUAGAACCUUAAGCAAGAAUAUGAUAUUAUAGUCGACCAAUGUAUCUAUCGUGGUUUUUAUGAAUGUGAUUUAUAUAUUUUGGAGGUUUAUAACUAUAUAGUGUUCAAAUGUUUUAUGGCCCUACUUGUUCAAAAUGAUCUCAAAAACAUGUCUGAAAAUAUAUCAAUAUUUAAUUAUUCGUGCAAUUGUUUGUGAUCGGUAAGAAUUAGGUAGGUAGAUAUAUAGAAAAGCUUAUGUGAAUUGUGAUUUGCAUUAGAUUUCGUAUUAGGUACCCAGAUGUAAAUAUACUAAGCAUUAUCUAUUUUUUUUCCUGAAAUAAAGUUUUUUCACAAUUU